AUGGCACUUCCUUAUCGCCGUUCAUCUCAAAUGGGCUCGCGACAGGCCUCCCUGGACCCGCGAAAUGAAGUAACAGUGCACCUCGAUCAUUUCAUUGGUAUCGACGUGGGAACGGGCAGUGCUCGCGCCUGUAUCAUCGAUGCCAAAGGUGAUAUUGUAGGCUUAGCCACAGAAAACAUUGGACUCUGGCAGCCAGAGCAUGGCUACUAUGAACAAUCUACUGCGGACAUUUGGCGUUGUAUAUGCACAGCCGUGCAGCGGGCCAUUAGCCAGCACAAUAUCAGCCCGGAGACUGUCCGCGGUAUCGGUUUCGAUGCAACCUGCUCUCUUUCCGUGUUUAACAAUGAAUCCGGUGAACCCAUCUCUGUGACGGGGCCUGACUUCGACUCGGACCGUAAUGUGAUAUUGUGGUUGGAUCACCGUCCGGUGGAGGAAGCAGCGAAGAUCAAUGCCACAAACCACAAUCUACUUCGUUAUGUGGGUGGCAAAAUGUCCAUUGAGAUGGAAAUCCCAAAAGUCCUUUGGUUGAAGAAUAACAUGCCCAAGGAGCUGUUUGACAAAUGUAAAUUCUUCGAUCUGGCAGACGCACUCACUCAUAUAGCGACUGGCAACGAGAAACGGAGCUUCUGCAGUGUGGUCUGUAAACAAGGAUAUGUACCCGUUGGGGUUGAUGGGAGUGUCAAGGGUUGGCAGGAAGAUUUCUUGAAUGAUAUUGGUCUGGGAGAUCUGACUACAGACAACUUCAAACGCAUGGGCGGCGUUGACGGGGUGAAUGGUGACUAUUUGAGUGCUGGUGAGCUUGUUGGCCAUCUAUGCGAAAAAGCGGCUGCAGAACUAGGCCUGCCCGCCGGAAUCGCCAUCGGCAGCGGUGUAAUCGAUGCUUAUGCUGGCUGGAUUGGUACCGUUGGUGCCAAAGUCAACCUGGGCCCUGACCAGCUAAAUGACGAGGUGGCCAAGAAUGAUCUAUCACAGGCUUUCUCUCGUCUUGCAGCAGUGGCCGGAACCUCAACUUGUCAUCUGGCAAUGUCACCGGAUCCCGUCUUCGUGGAUGGUGUCUGGGGCCCUUAUCGAGAUACGAUCCUUCCAGGAUAUUGGAUGGCUGAGGGUGGACAGUCUGCCACGGGAGAGUUGCUGAAGUAUGUCAUUGAGACACACCCAGCAUUCAACCAGGCCACCUCAAUCGCCGAAUCUUACCAUACCAAUAUUUAUGAGUACUUGAACGAGCAUCUCAAAGAGAUGGUGCAAGAUCAAAAGGCUCCGAGUGUAUCUUGGCUUGGUCGUCAUUUCUUCUUCUAUGGCGAUCUUUGGGGCAAUCGGUCUCCCAUAGCUGAUCCUGACAUGACUGGGUCCAUCUUUGGGUUGACAAGUGACAAGACCGUUGAUGGCCUUGCGAUCUACUACUAUGCCACCUUGGAGUUCAUUGCCCUGCAAACUAAGCAGAUCGUCAACACAAUGAAUAAAGCUGGUCACAGUAUUACCUCAAUCUUCAUGUCGGGCUCGCAAUGCCAGAACGAUAUCUUAGUCAACCUCAUUGCAUCGGCUUGCAACAUGCCGGUGGUGAUUCCUCGCUACAUACAUGCAGCUGUGUGUCACGGUGCUGCCAUGCUGGGCGCGAAGGCUGCCAGUUCUGACCAAGACGGAAAGACCGAGAGCCUGUGGGUUAUUAUGGAUCGAAUGAGCAAGCCUGGCAAAAAGGUCAUGCCUACAGAAAGCGCCAAGGAGAAGGCUCUUCUAGAGGCCAAAUACAAGGUAUUCUUGGAGCAGUGUUUCAAGCAGCAAAAGUACCGCCAAAUGGUUGAUGAAGCUGUUGGUGAUUGGGAAUCAACCUAA